AUGGGUUCUGAGCCACCCACGAAAGCUACCGAGGCCGUCUUGGUCCCCUCAGAGCCUGUGCCGGAAGGGGUCAAGCAGGUCACGGGCAUAGAUUGGCUGUCCUUACCAGCAGAACAACGAAGCAUCAUCUCGAAAUUUGUCGAUCAGCUUACGGGACAAGGCUUCCAAUCCAGCUCCAUAGGCGAUGCGAUACGUAUCAUCAAUGACAUGAGAUCAUGGCGAGAUGCCGACACGGGCGAAAAAGCGACUAUCUUCCUGGGUUACACGUCGAACAUGAUUUCUUCGGGCCUGCGGGACACUUUUCGCUACCUCGUACAGCACCGCCACGUGUCGGCCAUUGUAACGACGGCCGGUGGUAUCGAGGAAGACUUCAUCAAAUGUUUGGCUCCCACAUAUUUGGGUUCCUUCUCCGCAUCAGGAGCUGCGCUACGGGCAAAGGGUCUCAAUCGCAUUGGCAACCUGGUGGUCCCCAACAACAACUACUGUGCCUUCGAGGAUUGGCUCAUUCCCAUCCUCGACACGUUGUUGGCCGAGCAAGAGGAAGAAUUUGCUCGUACUGGUGAACGAUUUCUAUGGACUCCUAGUCGAAUCAUCCGGCGGCUGGGAAAAGAAAUCAACGACGAAUCGUCCGUGUAUUAUUGGGCAUACAAGAACAAUAUCCCAGUCUUUUGUCCAGCCUUGACCGAUGGCAGCUUGGGGGACAUGAUUUAUUUUCAUUCUUUCAAAGCCUCGCCCCUGCACCUUGGCAUCGACAUUGCCCGAGACAUCCGGGAAAUCAACACGAUCGCAGUGCGGGCCAAAAGGGCGGGCAUGAUCAUCCUGGGCGGUGGCGUGGUGAAGCAUCAUAUUGCUAAUGCAUGCCUCAUGCGGAAUGGUGCCGAAAGUGCGGUGUAUAUCAAUACAGCCCAAGAAUUCGACGGCAGUGACGCUGGGGCCAGACCAGACGAGGCCGUCAGCUGGGGCAAGCUCAAAGUAGACGCAGAUAGUGUCAAGGUCUACGUGGAAGCCACGGUAGCCUUUCCUCUGAUUGUGGCAGCCACAUUUGCUAAACCAGACUCAUGA